CCUUCGGAGGGUCCAGCCAAUGCUCUCGCAGAGAAGGCAGACGCGGGCCACGUCUCCGUCGACUCAAUAAACCAAGAUGGCCGAGAGCAGGGACACACGGCUUACGAAGGAAAGAUUGGGGCCGCGGGCGUGAUAAACAUAGACGCCGUUGACGCCGAGGAGGUAGCGCUUCUUGCAGAGC